UGAUUAAACCAGAAGUGCAUUUCUCACCCUGGGGCAACGAGAAAACCUGCACAUUUGCAAGUGACAAGCUUGACACAUAUGAGUAACGAUGUUGUGGAAUUACUCGCCGAAAUAUGAAGAACAGCCUCCUAUUCCUGAUAUCCGUCUGUUUAACAGCACUCCUCUUUCAGCCAUGUUCUACAGCUUCCGGGAAGAUACGCCACUGGAAGGGACUACUCCUGCUCUCGAAGGACGGAUGCGCCAACAGAUGCAAAUUUAAACACGGGUACUUCACGGACGCCGCCGGCGAGACCCAGCUUGCUGCCAAAGCCAAGCGUGGGAUUAUCCCCGGAAAAUGUCAGUGCAUGGUAUCACCGGAGCUUAGGAAGUAUAUCACACAAAAAAUCAGCCUCAGGGAGGCCAACACCUACGGACGCCUGAACUUCUUCGGGAUGACGAAGAGGGCGCGCAAUCGACUGGGCGGGAAGGUCGAGUUCAUCACUUACGAACAACUGCAACAGCGGCUCGAAGCCAAGAAGAGGACGGCGGCCGAGUUCGAUAGGAUCGUCGCGGCCAACCGGGCUGCAGCCGCGGCGCGCUCAUCAAGUUCAAAUCCCGGCAGCCGAUCUACCACCCCCGGACUGAGCGGUGCUUCCACCCCCGGGUCCCUGGGAACGAGCGGGAUUUCCACCCCUGCGAUAGGAACGAGCGGAUCUCCCACACCCAAGGCGGGACAGAGUGGGGCUUCCUCCCCCAAGAAGGGGGACGGUGGGGGCUCUGCUCAGCAAGGGGUUUCGUCGGCGGAUUUCACGGAGCAGGCCAUAAGGGGCGUCAAAGCUAAUGAGAUGUGGGAUGCUUUGGAUAAGUCGAAGCCUAAACCAUGAACGGCCACGGCGAAGGAUUGAGGACUGUUUGAACAGACUGUUCAGACUUAUAGAAACGAAAUCAGUAUUGGUUGGGAUUUGAAUUGGUGAUUCAGUGGUAAAAAUGAAAAAAAAAAGAAACAGCGAAGUACCCAGUGUCGUCUCUACUCAGUGUUGCAAUUUUUCAUGAAAAAUAGAAUCUUGAAAUUUGACGUGAAAUACCUCAUGAAAUUUCAGAAAUUUAUGAAAUCUAUUGAAAGACACCGGUUCCUUUUCAGGUUUCGCAAAAUCUAAAAAUUGUGACUCCCUUCUAUUUUUGUGUGUUUUAGUGCGGGUUGCAAUGGUUGCAUACUCUGCUCCUGAAAAAUUGGGAAUAUUUCACAGCCUCGUGGAAUUUCAUGAAAUAUUUCACGGAAAUUUCCAAUUUUUCAUAUUUUUCAUUCAAUCCGUGCAACCCUGUCUCUAUUUGCAUUUGGACAAUUAUUGGGCAGGUACAUUUUGCAUCGAAGGAACUACUAUUUCUGGCUCAUUUUAGAAUCGAGGUAAACAGACAGAAAUUUCUACACAAAAGUUUGAUUAAUACAGGAACAGAAGCUCAAAAUGACCCUAGCCUUCGGUUGACUAUUUCAAGAGAAAAUGCCGACUAGUUUUCUUGAAGAAAUUUUAUAAAAAACGAGUCAUUAAUAUCAACGUCACAAUCGGAGGAAUGCAAUUUCCUAGUCUCUCUAUUUUUUUUUUUUUUGCUGCGCUAAAGUCACCGCAAAAUGUAACAAAAUCAACACAAAAUUUCUGAUAGUUUGUGACACAAAGGUGACACAAGAACACAAAUAUUUUUAUCAAUGUGUGUUCAAAUUUUUUCCCGACACGGAUAGGUGCUUGUAUGGAUGAGCCAGAAAUAGUGGUUCCUCAAUGUAAGAUUAAAUACAACUUUCCUACCUUCGCGUUAAAGUCUCCAGCGUUAACCAAAAUUUCAGUUGCAUCUGGGUUAUGGUCAUUCAUCUUACCAUGAGUUAAUAAACUAUGUAUCACUUUAAGCAGGAUGUUUCAAAAUGCUUUAAAAUAACUUCCUGAUAGAAAAUCACAAUUAUAAGAAAGUUUUUAAAAAAAAUACGAA